GAUCCGCGCGCACUUCCCUUUAAGAUGCGUCUGUCAUCUCGCCGUUAAUGAAAAGCCUUUCUGGCUGUUUUCCGCGGUGCACGAGAUCUGUUCCAGCUGGCCCGGUGAAGGAGAACACCACUGUGGUGCAAUUUUUUGUCGGCCGACAUUCCCAGAAAGGAAGGGGAGAGGAUAGGCCACGCCGAGGGAGACGGAAAUGAGAGGGGGGUGUCCAAAGAGGAAACCCUAUCCCUUUAAGAGCAAGUGGGACAUAGCUGUGCGAGAAAAGGAGAGGAGGGGGAGAAGAAAGAGGAAUUAAAAAAGAAAAGGAAGAAAGAGACAGGGAGGGAGGAGGGAGAGCGGGCGAUAAAAAAAGAAAGAUGACAUCCUCGCAGCUGAACGGCCGAGGUGGAGCGGUAGGCUGCGGCCCGGCGAGAGCGCCGCUCGCCGGGGUCAGGGCUUGAAAGCAACAACGAGGCUUCGACAAACACCCGAUUGGCCUAUUGAGAGAAAUCGGAAAAACAGAUUCAUAAAUUAAAAACAAAGCAUGACCUGCUGUGCUACCAGAUACUUGUGUUAUAACCCAUAUUUGUUGUCUUGCGUGAAAAGGCAUUCAUUUUAGGUAGAAUGGUUUAUGUUUAAUGCGAAAGUGUGAUACUGUAAUUUACGAUUUUUGUUCAGUUUUUUUUUAAAGCAGUUUUGUUGCGCGAUAUUGCGUUUGAGUAAGAUUGGUGUUGAGUGAAUUAAAGUUAGAAACCAAAGUGAAAAGAGAAACAGGCCGUUAUUGGACCUGGCCUGCUACACUACUGCCUGCUGCAGCCCGCGUUAGUCAACAGCUGCGUGCAUUUUAAUUGACAGCAUUAGGCUACCUCAAUGAGAAAAAAACCAUAUUUUUGCUGACUACUUUAUUCACGUUUCUGAAGAAACUCCAGAAGCCCGUCGCGUUUUGCUGCAGAAUAGGCGACUGUUUGCGCCUCGAUCACCGCUGGGCCGAUCAAAACCAUGCAAAGGCUGCCCUCCUCGACCUCAAUCAGGAGCUGACUUUAUAAUCUCCAUCGCUGAGCUGCAAAAUGGAUGCUGCUUGGAGCAAUUUUCUCUUCCAGAAUACUCCCACCCAAAACCAAGUGGAGGGGGGCCUCCAAUCAGAGCUCAUGCCAGUGCAUACGAGUUCUCCCCAAACCCCACCCACAGAGCAUAUAGCACAGCCUCCUUCAACUGUGGACACUGCUGCUCUCAGUGAGGAGCCCCUGCCUGGUGAGGGACACUGCACUGCAUCCUACACCUAUGGAGCUGACAAGAUGAAGUCUGUGUCUCGGCCGGCCCGCAUGCCCCACAUCUGUGCCAUCUGCAACAAGCAGUUCAAGAACAACUACAACCUGCGGCGGCACCAGUCGGUCCACACUGGGGUACGCAUGAAGGACAGGGCCAGAGAGCAGGCGGAGGGGGCAAAGGAGGGAGCAGCCGGCCAGGGGGCGAUGGCCAGCCAGGUGGCGAUGGCCACCCCGUCGGCGAUGGCGGUGGGGGCUGGAGGGAGGGUGGAGAGGUCCACUGUUCCCCUCUCCCUGCUACACCUCUCUGCACCUCCCCCUCUGGCCCCUCCCGGCGUGUUGGCGGGGGGCCAGCAGCCACCCCUGGGUAGUCAGGAUGGUGAAGGGGUUGCCAUGGCUAACGUAAUGGCUAGUGUUAACCCCCAUGCUCCGCCUCCUGCUGCUGUCGUCAUGGCCACAGGGGCGACAGUACAGAGGCCGGCAAAUCCCAACCCAAACCCGGUGAGGAAGAACCACGCCUGCGAGACUUGCGGCAAGGCUUUCCGGGACGUUUACCAUCUCAAUCGCCAUCGCCUGUCCCACUCAGACGAGAAGCCGUUCUCCUGUCCCAUCUGCCAGCAGCGCUUCAAGAGGAAGGACCGCAUGAGUCACCACGUGCGCUCCCACCAAGGUGGUGUGGAAAAACCCUACGUCUGCCCCCACUGUGGCAAGGCUUUCUCCAGGCCUGACCAUCUAAACAGUCAUGUCAGACAGGUGCACUCCUCAGAGCGACCCUUCAAAUGCCCGACCUGUGAGUCCAGCUUUGCCACAAAGGAUCGUUUGCGUGCGCAUAUGAUUCGCCACGAAGAGAAGGUUCCCUGCCACAUCUGUGGCAAGCUUCUGUCUGCGGCUUACAUCACAGAUCACAUGAGGGUGCACAACCAGUCACAGCACCACGCUUGCCAUCUCUGUAACCGCAGCUCUCCUCCAUCAGGCUUCACCACCCUGACAUACCUUCGUGUCCAUGCCCAGAAGCACCAUGGCCAGGAGUGGAAGGACAGUCCAGGGGGCUUCGGCGGCACAUCCUCGGGUGGCAUACUCGUCUGCCACUUAUGCGGCGUCCACUGCAAGACACCCACCCAGCUCCAGGGGCACAUGGGCACCCAUGGCAACAGCCAGGGUGCCCCGAGCCCCAUCACCUCUAAUGUGGCUGCCAGCAGCUCGGUCUCCCUUAGCAACAUGGUGACAUCGCCUACUGUGUAUGUCACCGGUAACACAGUGGUUGACCUGCUCGUCACAGACUGCUCUAGCAUCGCAGCACCACAGUCCCACAGUUAGCAGUAGUGAGUUCAGCAAUAAUAACCUCACUCCCUUAACGGGGCAAGGUUGGAGAAGGUUAAAGUUAAGUAUAGAUGAUGAUCUGGUUUCAGUUUUGUAAUGUCCCCACUCAUAGGUAAGGUUAGGAUUAAAAGGCGGGGGAGAUUAACUCCAGUUAGCAUUCAAGAACAGGUUCACCCCAGCGCUGCAAAGCUGGAGCAUCGGAGAAAGGGAAGCUGUAGUCAUCAGGCAAUGACAUCAUGGAAAGAGGGACCUUGGUGGCUGCAGCAGGUUAAUUGACACUUAAGACAAACAUGGAUGUGUUGUCCAAAUAUUCCUGAAUGCACUCGUGCAUUUAAGACUCCAAUGAAACUGUGGUAAUGUGAACAUCUACUGUAUUACUCUGCCCUCUCUCUCUCUGUCCCUCCCUUCAACCCUGGCAUUGGCUGCUUUCUGCAAGUGCACCAAGUACUGUAUAUCUCACACCAGCUCUGAUCUUACCUCCAUUUUGCAGCUCAUUUACUAAAAAUCCAAAUGGCUUGCGUUAUGAAGUAGUAGGGGGAGAAUAGCUCUCACAAAGCGUUAACAAAUAAACACAUGAGAAGGGAAGUUGUGUGUUUGGGUGUGUAAGUCAGGGCUCAGCCAGCAUGUUGGCUUGUUUGUUCACAAAACAAUUUUUUUUUUUGCAAAGGUGUCAUGCCAGUUUAUGAAGUUUCUAGAGGGCUGUUUAUUGAUCAGGACAGACGACCAUACGUGUUGUGGUCAAUCUGGAAUUGUGGGAUGUACUUGUUCAUUUGUUUCCUGAAGGUACAGAGAUAAGAAUAGAGUUGUUCAGGAGUUUCACGCACCUUAAAUCGUUAUUGUUUGAUUCAGCGAGGAUCAAAGUGGGUUUGAGAUUUCUUGGAUUUUCUUGCUCUGAGUCUUCCUCUCUGGGUCUGGCCAUAAAAAAAUGAAAUAAAA